ACUCCCUCCUCGAUUCGGCUCAACGUCCCUCCAUAUUCAAAUUACCGUUAUCUAUUCCCAACUGAAUGCGCCAAAAUGGAAUUUCAAGGGCAUAGAGGUUCCCAUAACCCUAAGGCCAUGCUCACUUCUCUACUGAGUACGAGAGAAAAGCUUCAAGAAGAGCUCCGAAAUGUUGAAAAGCAGGUUUAUGAGUUAGAGACGAGUUAUUUGCAAGAAACAAGCAAUUUUGGUAAUGCCUUCAAAGGUUUCGAUGGGUUCCUUUCAGCAUCGAAAAACACAGCAAACCUUAAGAGAAGCAAAAAGUUUCAGCCUGAAGAUAGGGUGUUUUCAUUGUCCUCUGUGACUUCACCUGUGACAGAAGAGCUUGGAACUGGGCAAGAAGAUGGGAAAUCAGAUCUUGGUCAAGUUCGGCCCAAGGGUGGAGGCAAAGCCAUUAAUGGGCCCAGAAAACCAAAGAAGGGAAGAACAGGACAAAGAGAUGGAAAGAAAAUUAGGCUCUCAAAUGAUGCAGAUGUUGAUGCCGAAGAUGAUCAUGAUCUGAAUUUGAGAUAGCUAAUUGGUUACCGAGAUUUUGUAAUUUAAUCGUAGCAUGAAGUAGUUUGAUUCCAUAGUAUCACCCUUAGCUAAGUUAAACGUAUGAAUUGUACUAAUAUUAUUUGCUUAAUAACUAAAUACUAAUUGUCUCAGUAGGUGAUGGCUGAAGUGGAGUUUUUCUGUCAACUCAGCCAGAUGUAUAAUCUUAGUGUUUCCAUAAACCAUGUAACAGUAUGAGAGGAAUAAUAAAAAGCUGUGCUUGUUUAAA